AUAGCGUCGAGCGAUUUCAGUGAGCUCAGUUACUAUGUAAGUCUUAUUUUUAUUACAGAGUGUAAUGGAAAGCCAGCUCUAGCUGUUUUGAAGCAAUUUGUUCGAAAUUUUGAUCGUAGGUGGAUCUAGAUCAAUGAUGCAUGCUGGGAAGUUCACGCCUCAGCGCAUCACUCAUCGAUGAUAACCGUACGAUUAUUGUAAGGCAUAGAGGGAGUUGUAGACUUCAACAAUGCGCUCAACGUGGAUUAUGAAGGAUCUUAUAAAAAAAACCAUUUCCUUUCUGGCUUAUAGGCAAAAAUUUGCGACAGCCUUACCCCUUGAAGAAUAAUUUUUAUCCGGUCCACUUUCAUGAAAAUGUGCCGUUCCAAGAUGAGAGGCAGAGCCCGGUUGAUUUCCAACGGAACAUGACGUCAGAAAUCGAUGAGAAACCUCCUCACCUCGAGUGGACGGACCAAGAGUCGUGGGCCGUCCAAGCCCUUCAACUCCCGAGAACCAGAUCCAGUACGUUGGGAACCAUGUCCUGGGAGGAUUUGCGCAAGAGCCUCCACAAAGAGGUGUUCCUCGAGUCGAAGCAACCGUUCCGCUGUCCGGACUGCAACGCCACUUACGCCUGCAAAGCCUCCGUCAAUCGGCAUAUCAAAUACGAAUGCGGGAACAAGGAGCCCUGUUUCCAGUGCCCGUACUGCCCCAAGAGGUGCCGACUUAGGAGCAAUCUCUACCAGCACGCAAGGCUCGUUCAUAAUAAAAAGUUGAGCUCCAGAUGAUUCUUUACUUUUUUUUUAUCUUAGACAAGGUGCGAAUUUAAGCAUUGCAUUAUUAUAAAGUGUGCACUACUCCAUCCUCGACGAGCUGAUUUAUGAAAUUGAUAGACAAAGCGAAAGACAAAGAAGACAAAAAUGAUAUGGAGGGGUCCUACUGAUGGAAGCGGGUGGUUGCAAUGGACAAAUGGGGUAGGUAAUAGACUAACUAACGG